UUUAGAAGUUCAACUUUCUCAUGAGCAGCUGUACAUAAACAAUGGCCAAAGUAUUCCUUUUUCUUGUUGAUUUGGCCUGGCGCAGCCGCUUUACGCUGCCUCUGAUGGUGGCAGCUAGUUUUUUUGCACUGGACAUGCGCGUGCAGGUGGACAUGAGCUUCCAGAGGGGCCAGCUAGUCGCCGGGACCCUAUUCGAUGACUACGAGUACGAUGAUGAGGAUGAGGAGGACGAGGACGAAGACGAGGGCAUUGAUAUAAUUCCCAUCGCUGAACGCAGCGAUGACGCUGAUGGCGCCUCUACCUUCCUAUCCACCGACACAUCCGAGAAUGAAGAGAGUGAUUCGUCCACUCACUAAACAAAAUGACUAAAAUUCUACGAUUAGAGCCAAGUCUUUGGCCAUCCAUUAACACAACCAAAGAAACCGUUACAAACACCACAGUUCCAAUUCGCCCCCCCUUAAAAAAUACAUAUGUACAUAUUUUGGAUAACGUUUAUUUGCAAGCACGUGCAUGGCAAAAGCAAAAGCAAAAAAAAAUGCAAACAACUGGUGCUAUACUCAAUUAAACAAACUGAUGAGCAAAAUUAA